AAACAAUCGAUUUAGAAAAAGGUAAAGAAAGCAUAAAGAAAGCGAAAUUGUGUUUUUGUGCAUCGGUCGCAUGUUUUUGCCGCUCAAAUCCAAAGAAUACAUGCAGUAAAGGUGGUAUUUUGUGCGUAGUGAAUACCGCUCUACCAUGGCAAACGAUCGUGAAAUAUUGCGUGAAAUUUGGGAGGGUAAAAUUCCAGUACACUUUAAGCUAUCGGCAGACGAAACCGAUGUUGAGCCGGAAGAGUAUUUUCUGCUUAUACCGCGAUUAAGCUACUUUCCACUCGUUACUGAUAAAGUAAGGAAACAUUUUCUUCGGUUCGUUUCGAAUGAGCUACAGGAUGGAGAAAUGUGGAUGGACAGCAACGGGACACCACUGAAGUGGCACUUUCCUAUAGGUGUUCUGUACGAUUUGCUUGUCGGUACUGAUGGUACAUUGCCAUGGCAUGUAACAGUACACUUUUCAAAAUUCCCCGACGAUAUUCUUAUUCGGUGUCCAAACAAAGAAGUUGUUGAAGCGCACUUUAUGUCUAGUCUCAAAGAAGCCGAUGUACUGAAGCAUCGCGGUCAUGUGGUUUCUGCGAUGCAAAAGAAAGAUCACAAUCAACUAUGGUUAGGAUUAGUUAAUGAUAAGUUUGACCAGUUCUGGGCAGUCAAUAGGCGGCUGAUGGAACCAAUUCCCGAUCAGGACGGCUUCAAACACAUUCCAGUUCGGUGUUAUGCCGAGGAUGGUACGUACCAGCAAAAACUAGUCGCACCCAGCACCGCAUCCGGUCAGAAGCGUCUGUUGCAGGAUUUGUUGGACGAUUUCUCAACACCUGUUAGGAAGGCAGGUAAGUCAGUCGAGGCAAGAACCCAUGGCGUUACAGUCCCGGAGUCGACUCCACUCCAGUGGCUUUCGGAACACCUUAGCUAUCCGGACAACUUUCUGCAUCUCUGUCUGUCCUACGCCUAAGGUGGCGUAAGGCGUACCAAAAACAACAAAAAGCCGUGAUCAACAAUCGCCUCGUCGUCAUCUUGUCGCUUUGCCGCAUCAUCGUUCUACCCGUUCGCCAGCCUCGCGGCUCCUGCUGCUGCUUCCUCUGCUCACCCUUCCUUUUCAACUGGAUUUUGCCUGGCGCCGUGGCUUCGUUCACCAAACAGGGUGGGGGCUCGAAAUGAUCACCGUUCAUCACUCGCUGGUGUUCACUCCGGAUCGGAUGAUGGCGUCAUAUUCAUUCCCACGCACCGCGUAAAGUCACCGUCGAUCGCCAGACACUAUGGAACCGUGCCGAUUCAAAACCUUUCGAGCGCAGAAUGCAGACGAGGCUGUGAACGCCUUCACCGCCAUCCGUGAGCACAACGCACCACCGUAUGGAUGGUGAGCAAGGCGAUGGUGAGAUAAGGUCUCAGGACGCAGUCUCAUCACUCACCGUGCCGUAUCUCACUGCCGUGAUCGCGCGGUCUCGCGGUCCCCACGCGGAGCUGCCGGCCUUUUGCUUGCUUGACAUUUAUGUCUAAUUAUACGAUUAUCGUUUCCCUUUUUCGCGCCACACUUCCUGCGCCUCGGAUCGCAAACGUCGCAAGAGCCCCAACGUACCAGCGGUGUUGCCAGGCACAGUGAAGCACCAUUAAUGUUGUCAUAAUAAGAAGGUAAAAUAUAUGCAUUGCGGCUAGUUACCUUUAUUCCAUCGUGUCUUUUGACCGGGGUGUUUUUAUGCGCUUUUGUAUUUACUUUUUGUUUUUGUUUUUUGCUUCUGGUGCAUUUCAAAGUGUGCAGGCAUGGUGAGAAAGAAAGUGGGGCUCGUUCGGGAUUCGCUCGCUAAUGAAAUAUGAUACCCGUUUAAUGUGUAAUUAAAUAUUGUUUCAUAACUCCAUGAUGACAGUAAUGAUUUUUGUUUGUUUUUGUGCCAAAUAAUGUUAAUUUUUGCGUAGUAGUUGAUAGUGGGCACCGUCCAAAUUCGUGUAGCAAACGUAUAACACAUUAAGACCACCCGUAAGCAUGUUUCCAAGCAUUGAUGAGCAAUUUGCAUUUAUGUUUUGCAAGAGGGUGAUAAUUUUCGCAGCUUCCGGAGUUUUUUUUUCUUCUUUUUUUUUGUUAUCCCCUUCAAGAUCAACCUAGGUGGCAGAUGGCAUGCUUUCAAAUUUGCGCCAUAAAGUUGUCUUGGGUUUAUUGACCGCUUUUCAAUGGUAGCAAAUACUGCUUCGAAGGCAGUGGGGAACAUUCCUUUGGUACAAUUUAUAUGUUUUAUUUUAUGUUUUACAACAAUUGUUAGUUACUUUUAUGACAUAAAAUCUUUUAUGAUAAUUCUAUAUAUCAUUUCUUUAGUUACUUUUAUGAUAUUAAAUAAUUAUUUAGCUUUAAUAUUUUCUUAUCACCAUUUUUAAAUCUUAGUGUCUUUGAGUUUUUGAAUUAUUCAUAGCUACGGGAAAGAGUUUCCUGCAGACGGGUUUGUCAAGAUUUUAUCCUAUCUCUGUAAAAUAAUAAUAUGCAUUUACUUAAGUUCUUUCUGUUCAUGUUUAUGUGAUGUAUGGGAUUAAAACGUAACUUGUAAAAAUAAAAAUAUUAUUAAACUUUACUAAAGUGUGUUUCAUAAUUAUGCGAUUCUCGAUUUAAAUAAGAAAUAAAUUGAAAAAAAGAAGAGAAUAAAGAAUAAAAUUUAAUAAAAUAAAU